AUGACUGGUGUCGCUGUGUACCCCCCUGGUGUCGCUGUGUACCCCCGAAUCCGUCUGACUCUCAGUGACCCUACAGGACAGAGUAAAACGGCCCCCAUGGGGCUUUCUAAGGCCAGCGAGCUCCGCAAGCCCAUGUACUUCUUCCUGGGCAACCUGAGCUGCCUGGAGAUGUGCUACGUGUCUGUGACCAUGCCCAGCCUGCUCGUGGGGCUGUGGGCGGGGCCCUGCCCCAUGCCCUUCACAGCCUGCAUGACCCAACUCUUCUUCUUCAUCACCCUCAUCUGCACCGAGUGCACUCUCCUGGCCUCCAUGGCCUAUGACCGCUAUGUGGCCAUCUGCCGCCCGCUCCACUACCCACUGCUCAUGCGGCCCCAGGUCUGCCUGGCCUUGGCCUUGUGCUCAUGGCUUGGUAGUCUUCUCGUCUCAGUGGCCAAGACCACGUGCAUCGCCGGCCUUUCCUACUGUGGCCCCAAUGUCCUCAACCACUUCUUCUGUGACGUCUCCCCUCUGCUCAACCUGUCCUGCACCCACGUGGCCCUGACCGAGCUGGUGGACUUCAUCUCGGCCAUUGUCAUCCUCUGGGGCUCCCUUCUGGUGGCCCUGGCUUCCUAUGUGGCCAUCGGUAGGGCUGUGCUCCGCAUGCCCUCGGCCGCCGCCCGUCGAAAGGCCUUCUCCACCUGCGCCUCCCACCUGGUUGUAGUGGGCAUCUUCUACUCUGCCACUCUCUUCAUCUACGCCCGCCCCAGCCGCAUAGACGCCAUGGACCUCAACAAGGUGCUGUCAGUCAUCUACACGGUGGUCACCCCCGUGUGUAACCCGGUCAUCUACUGCCUGCGCAACAAGGAGGUCCAGGGAGCGUUCCGUAGAACCCUGCAUGGGUCCUGACACUGACCAGGUCCCAGAGAAGAG